AUUAUUACUUCUAUACUUCCACGCAGAGACAGUGUAUUGUACGUUUAUGUUGCCAAUUGAACAAAGAGAAUAGAAAAUGGCAAUUAAUAAUCCAGGCUCUUUUCCCUUUCCGCCGUUGAUCUCGGUGUUGAUCAUCGCCGGUAUAUUCUUCUUCAGCACAAUCGACGGGGAGGAUUUCACGAUCGAAGAAGCGACCAUCGAGGAGAUCCAACGGGCCUUCACCGCACACAAGCUCACAUCAAGACAAUUGGUGGACUUCUACUUGGACAGGAUCGAGACGUUGAAUCCCCUGCUUCGCAGCGUAGUGGAGGUCAAUCCAGACGCGCGGGAUCAAGCGGACGAGGCUGAUAGGGAGAGAACUAGCAGCCCGGACCGUUCGUCUUUGGGGGAGUUGCACGGCAUCCCGGUGCUGCUCAAGGACACGAUAGCCACAAAGGACAAGCUGAACACGACGGCUGGGUCCUACGCGCUGCUGGGCUCGGUGGUGCCACGUGACGCGGGCGUGGUGGAGAGGUUGAGAACCGCUGGGGCUGUCAUUUUGGGGAAGGCUAGUCUCACUGAGUGGUACUCGUUUCGCUCGUUGGGUCAGAUUCCCAAUGGUUGGUGUGCCAGAGCUGGUCAAGCCGCGAAUCCGUACGUACAGUCAGGGGAUCCAUGUGGUUCGAGCAGCGGAUCAGCCAUUUCAGUGGCAGCAAACAUGGUGGCAGUGUCCAUUGGGAGUGAGACUCAUGGCUCCAUCCUUUGUCCUGCCGAUCACAACUCUGUUGUGGGGUUCAAACCCACCGUUGGACUCACUAGUCGAGCGGGCGUCAUUCCCAUAUUACCCCGCCAUGACUCAAUUGGGACCAUAAGCAGGACAGUAUCCGAUGCAGUUUAUGUGCUUGAUGUAAUUGCGGGUUUUGAUCCACAAGAUUAUGAAGCAACAAAAGAAGCGGCCAAAUUCAUACCUGUAGGUGGUUAUAAACAAUUUCUCAACCCAGAUGGGCUCAAAGGAAAGAGAUUGGGGGUUGUUAGGAAUCCAUUUGUAAGCUUCUUAAACAAAUCCUGUGUCAUUCAAGCUUUUGAGCGUCAUUUGAACACAAUGAGACAAAGAGGUGCAACUAUAGUGGACAAUCUUGAGAUAGCAAAUGUUGAUGUAAUUCUAAAUCCCUCACAAAGUGGGGAAUUGACGGCAAUGCUGGCCGAGUUCAAGGUGACCUUAAAUGAUUACCUGAAAGAGCUUAUCUCUUCUCCGGUGCGGUCACUUGCUGACAUUAUCGCCUUCAACCAAAAUAACCCUCAACUGGAGAAGACUGCAGAGUAUGGUCAGGGCACUUUUAUUGCAUCAGAGAAGACGAGUGGUUUUGGAGGGAAAGAAAGGCAGGCAGUUGAAUUGAUGGAAAACCUGUCGCGAAAUGGAUUCGAGAAACUGAUGAAGGAAAAUGAAUUGGAUGCGAUGGUGACACCAGGUUUGGGUGCCAUUGCACUGCUGGCAAUAGGAGGCCACCCGGGAAUCACAGUCCCCGCUGGUUAUGACAGUGAUGGAAUGCCAUUUGGAAUCUGUUUCGGAGGCCUAAAGGGUACAGAACCAAGGCUGAUUGAGGUAGCUUAUGCUUUUGAACAAGCCAGCAGGGUGAGGCGGCCUCCCCUAGCCAAAUCAUUUGAAAUUAAUAACGAAUUUCUCUUUGCAAGUUUAUAGGAAUUUUGUUGUUUUUGUGUAAAACUGAUCAAGUAAUUUCUGUUCAGUUUGAAUGUAUAAAUUACUCUAUUAAUUCAAAGUCACUGUGAAAAACCAAAUAAAUAAAAAAGCUUUGUGCUUUGAAUUUCCA